AUGCCCUGCCCUCGGCCACCCUGGCUUCGCCGCUCGCGGACCUCCCCGGAAGGCACGGAGGAUGAGGCUGGGGAGGAGGGAGAGGGCAGCCCCGGCACCGGGCCCAUGCUGUCCCCUGCGUCCCCCACCGAGUGCCUCAUCUGUGUGUCACCCUUCGAUGGUGCUUUCAAGCUGCCCAAGCGGCUGGACUGCGGCCACGUCUUCUGCCUUGAGUGCCUGGCACGGCUGUCCCUGGCCACGGCAGGUGGCGGCGACACGGUGUCCUGCCCAGUGUGUCGUGCUGCCACGCGCUUCGCCCCCCGCCGCGGGCUCCCGGCUCUGCCCACCCCUGCUGCGCUGCUUCCCCGGGAGGUGCGCGCCUCCGCUCCCCGAGGAGACUCGGUGCGCUUCGACAGGCGCCGUGGGCUGCUGUACGUGCGUGCGCCCGCGCCCCCGGGGCCGCGCAAAGGCCGCGCCGCGCCCGGCGACCUGGACCCCAGCCCAGACGACCGCGAGGGCUGUGGAGGGGACAGCCGAGGGUGCCUGGGGAGCGGAGCUCAGAACGUGGUACCAACGCCAUCACCAGGAGCCAUGAACCCUACGGUGGAGAAACUGCAGUCAUUCCCAGAGGCCUUCCGGAAACACCGUUGA